AUGAAUCCCUCCACUCGAGGUCAGCGCGGCGCCUCACGCUACAGGCGUCGUCGAAAUGCUUCAAACCGCAAAAAGAUCGAGACCAAUCCCACAGAGAUCGAAAAUCAGCCUCUUCAGGACGGAAGACCGCGUCAGGGUAGACAGCCGACAAAGCGCAAGCCGCAAAACGCAUCCAGCACGUCCAAUACCCCCAAGGCCACUCAAUCGUUCACCAACAAAAGACGCGAUGUGAACAGCACAUCUUCCACCCCGCUUCAGUGCAGCAGCCGCAACAGCACAUCCACAGCACCCACCACCCCAAACCCACCCACCACAACCAAACGCCUACCCAACAGCCCCCCAAACCUCAAACCAGACGACAAGAAGUCCAAACCAAACACCAUCGAUGAUCUCAUCCCGCGCGCACUCCACCCAGCCAAACCAGCCGUCCCAGGCUUCCUGCGCCUCCCCUCCGAGAUCCGCUGGCAGAUCUACAGCCACCUAUUCCCGCCGCGUCGAGUCGAGAUCCUCCGCAAACGAGACACAACCGACCCGAGGCGCCAGAACCGCUACCGGCUGUACCACCGCGCCCGCCCGCCACGCCGGACACAGACACAGCAACCGCUCGCCCGGCCCAUCGCCGGCGCCGCCCGCCCGCUCGCGCUCGCGCUGACCUGCCGCACGACCUACCGCGAGGCGAUCCUGCAGUUGUACGCGACCACGCAGUUCGUGUUCACGGCGACGCGGGCGGUCGCGCGGUUCCUGGCUCGCACGACGCCCGCCGCCCAGGCCGCCAUCCGCCACGUCGAGCUGGCCCACGUCAUGUACAACGAGCCGCGGCUCAGCGAGUUCCGCCGCUUUAAGCACCGCAGCGACCUGGCCUUCUUUGACGUGUGCGCCGCCAUGGCACAGACCUGGACCGCCCUGCGUGUGCUGCAUGUCGAGCUUGCGGUCAUGGACUGGCCGAUCCGGCUGCAGGUGGGCGAGCGCUGGUCCUGGCCGCUUGCCGUGUUUGGUCAGUACGGCGAGGGCAUGGAGUAUGUCGAGAUUCGGCUGCGGACGGGCCGCUUUGAUGAUGAUAGACGCCGGGAGGUGGCGCGCGAGCUCGAGCAGAAGUUGAUGAAGCCGGCUUGGUUCCAGAGACGCGAGGAGGAGCGGAGCAAGCAGAAGAAGAAGGCGAGGAAGGUUCUGAAUUUGGUUUUCUAG